GCCGCCUCUCGCGCGUGCGCCAUGAGUUCCUUGCCGCCUCGUUCCGCGCAUGCGCGGGGCUCUGGAUCUGGGAGGCUGCGGUUGACGAGGAUCCCGGCAGCACCGGAGGGCGGAGACCGGCCCCGAGAGAACCGUGUGAGCACCAAGGGAAUAGGAUUCUGCGGCUCUCGUCCUGUCCCAAGAUGGUGAAGCCGGAUAUCCACACGCUUGCCCGCCAUCUCAAGCAGGAACGUCUCUAUGUAAAUUCUGAAAAGCAGCUCAUCCAGAGGUUGAAUUCUGAUGUGCUAAAAACGGCAGAGAAACUUUAUCGCACCUCAUGGAUAUCCAAGCAACAGAGGAUAAACUUGGACAGACUUAUCCUAACCAGUGCUGAAGCAUCUCCAGCUGAGUGUUGCCAACAUGCCAAGGUUCUGGAGGACACCCAGUUUGUGGAUGGUUACAAACAACUGGGUUUCCAGGAGACUGCUUAUGGAGAGUUCCUUAAUCGUUUACGUGAGAAUCCUCGGCUCAUUGCGUCGUGCCUUGUAGCAGGAGAAAAGGUCAACCAGGAAAAUGCCAUGAGUGUCAUCCUUACAGUCUUCACCUCUCUCUAUGGAAACUGUAUUAUGCAAGAGGAUGAAAGCUACCUACUGCAGGUUCUUCGUUACCUCAUUGAGUUUGAGCUGAAGGAGAGUGAUAACCCACGUAGGUUGUUACGAAAAGGAACAUGUGCCUUCAGCAUAAUUUUCAAACUCUUUUCUGAGGGACUCUUCUCUGCAAAGCUCUUCCUUACUGCUACGUUGCAUGAGCCCAUCAUGCAGUUACUGGUGGAGGAUGAGGAUCACCUGGAAACAGACCCAAGCAAGUUAACUGAGCGUUUUUCUCCAGCUCAGCAGGAGAAACUGUUUGGGGAGAAAGGUAGUGAUCGUUUCAAGCGAAAGGUGCAGGAGAUGGUUGAAUCAAAUGAAGCUAAGCUUGUAACCCUUGUGAACAAAUUCAUAGGCUACCUGAAACAGAACACCUAUUGCUUCCCUCACAGUCUUAGAUGGAUUGUUUCCCAAAUGUACAAGACUCUGUCCUGUGUGGAAGGUCUGGAGGUAGGGGAGGUGAGGGCCAUGUGCACUGACCUUCUACUGGCAUGUUUAAUUUGCCCAGCAAUUGUGAAUCCAGAACAGUAUGGGAUAAUUUCAGAUGCCCCAAUCAAUGAAGUGGCAAGGUUCAACCUGAUGCAGGUUGGCCGUCUCUUGCAACAGUUGGCACUGACUGGAUUUGAGGAAGUAGAUGCACGCAACAAGAACAAUCUAAGUAAAUUUGAUAAAAGCUGCGUUGCUGGAUUUCUGGAUGUGGUAAUUGGUGGACGUGCGGUUGAAACCCCUCCUCUGUCUUCUGUAAAUCUGCUGGAAGGAUUAAGUCGCACAGUUGUCUAUAUGACCUACAGCCAGCUCUUCAGUUUGUUGUCAUUCUUGCGUAAUAUCAGCUCUAGUGACCAGUUACGGGAAGAGGAUCGGAUGGCUCUGGAAAACCUCUUGGCAACAGUGCCCCAGGCCAAACCAGGGAAGAGCAGUAAUCAUGACAACACCCCUUACAGCACUCCUCAGCUCUCCCCUGCAACCACACCAGCUUGUAAGAAAAACCGGCUACCUAUAGGGCAGCAACUAGCAGCAAUGACGGUCUGGGACACAUCUGCCUCGAAUAUCACCGCUCACAUUAACCUGGUGACCCCUUUUGUUACUCGGAGCAGGAGUAAAACCAGCCUUCUGGAUGCAGAUCAUGAAGGAUCCCCACAGGAAGUCUCCUCACAAGGACAACCAGAGGAGGUCCUGGUUAUCUCAUUAGGGACUGGUCCACAGCUGACUCCAGGCAUGAUGUCAGAAAAUGAGGUUCUAAAUAUGCAACUGGUUGAUGGAGGACAGGCAGAUGUCCCCGUUGAUGACACAAAGCUUCAUGGGAAGCCCGAUAAGACCUUGCGCUUCUCCCUGUGCAGUGAUAAUCUGGAAGGCAUUUCAGAAGCAGAAGAGGAAAAUCCGUGUUCAACAGGUCCCUCAAACCGCUCCAAUUCUGUCUCAUCCCUGGAUCUGGAAGGCGAAUCUGUUUCUGAGCUGGGAGCUGGACCUUCUGGGAGUAAUGGAGUGGAAGCACUACAGCUUCUUGAACAUGAGCAAGCUACCACCCAAGAUAACCUUGAUGACAAGCUGCGCAAGUUCGAAAUCCGUGAUAUGAUGGGGCUGACAGAAGACAGAGACAUCUCUGAGACUGUCAGUGAGACGUGGAGUACGGACGUUCUUGGCAGUGACUUCGAUCCAAACAUUGAUGAAGAUAGAUUGCAAGAGAUUGCAGGUGCAGCCGCAGAGAACAUGCUGGGUAGCCUGCUUUGCCUUCCAGGAUCUGGUUCUUUAUUGCUUGACCCUUGCACAGGAUCUACCAUCUCAGAGACUACCAGUGAGGCGUGGAGUGUGGAAGUACUUCCCAGUGACUCGGAAGCACCCGAUCUGAAGCAGGAAGAGCGGCUUCAGGAGCUGGAGAGCUGCUCUGGGUUGGGGAGCACAUCAGAUGACACGGAGGUGAGAGAGGUCAGCUCCAGACCUAGCACUCCAGGUCUCAGCGUAGUGUCAGGCAUUAGUGCAACAUCGGAAGAUAUUCCUAAUAAGAUAGAGGACAUACGAUCUGAGUGCAGCUCUGAUUUUGGAGGAAAGGACUCUGUGACCAGCCCAGAGGGGGAAGACUCUGUUCAUGCAGCUCAUCACAUCACGUCGCCUCCCACUCAGACAGAAUCCUUAUUGGCUAUGUUUGACCCCCUAGCUCCAGCCUCUAGUGAAGUGGUACGUCCUAAAGUACACUAUGCCAGACCGUCUCAUCCACCUCCCGACCCCCCAAUCUUGGAAGGUGCAACAGGAGGAAAUGAGGCCCGAUUGCCCACAUUUGGCUCCCAUGUAUUUAUUCCUACUGAUUCUGAUGCAUACAGACAGAGACACUCUUGUCCAGAGAGACUGGUGCGCAGCCGAAGCUCUGAUAUUGCCUCAUCCUUGAGAAGACCUAUGAGUGAUCCUGGUUGGGUGCGGCGAGGAGGGACUGAAGAUCGAGAAUUGCCUACUGGUUCCAUGGCACUUGCUACAUCUGCACUGAUAAAUGCAUCACAAUCCUCUUCCUCCUCUCCUAGCAAGGAUUCCUCAAGGGGAGAGCCAGAAGAAAGGAAGGACAGUGACGAUGAGCGAUCAGACCGCAACAGACCAUGGUGGAAGAAACGGUUUGUGUCUGCGAUGCCAAAAGCUCCCAUUCCAUUUAGGAAGAAGGAAAAAGACAAAGAGAAGGAGGAUGUGGGCAUUGACAGAUUUUCUAUCUCAGAUGAUGGGUCAAGACUUGGCCCCCAUUCUCAGGCAGCAGAGGAUAUUCUGGACAAGUACAGGAAUGCCAUCAAGAGGGCAAGCCCCAACGAAGGCGGAUCAGUGCCCUAUGAUGGAGCAGAUGGGGUAGGUGAUGGAGAAAGCAUCCAUGAUUCUCAUCGGGAUGAUGCCCUGCAGAACAUGGCCUCUGAUGACCUCCCAGAUUCUGCCAGCCAGUCAGCUCGUCGGCAAGAAUCUGCUUUCUCGUACAGGGACGCAAAGAAGAAGCUACGAAUGGCUCUAUGCUCUGCGGAUUCUGUUGCAUUCCCAAUGGUUUCUCACUCUACCCGGAAUGGUCUGCCAGACCACAACGACCCUGAAGAUAAUGAAAUUGUAUGCUUCCUGAAAGUCCAGCUGGCAGAAGCCAUAAAUCUGCAGGACAAAAACCUCAUGGCUCAGCUACAGGAGACCAUGCGUUGUGUGAGCCGCUUUGACAACCGCACCUGUAGCAAGAUCCUGGCGUCCAUUGCAGAAGAUUACAGGAAAAGAGCUUCCUACAUUGCCUAUCUAACACGGUGCCGGCAGGGGCUGCAGGGGACCCAGGCUCAUCUUGAACGUCUUCUUCAAAGAGUUUUGCGAGAUAAGGAAGUUUCCACAAGAUAUUUCACAACCGUCUGUGUUCGACUUCUGUUGGAGAGUAAGGAGAAAAAAAUCCAAGAAUUUAUCCAAGAUUUCCAAAAGUUGACUGCUGCUGAUGAUAAGACUGCACAGGUGGAAGAGUUUCUACAAUCCCUAUAUGGGGCUAUGGCACAAGAUGUGAUUUGGCAAAAUGCCAGUGAGGAGCAACUGCAGGAUGCCCAGACGGCCAUUGAGCGAAGUGUGAUGAAUCGCAUUUUCAAGCUGGCCUUCAACCCUAAUCAGGAUGCUGAUGUUUUACGUGAUCAGGUAUUGCAUGAACACAUCCAAAGGUUGUCCAAAGUGGUGACUGCCAACCACAGAGCCUUGCAAAUACCAGAGGUGUAUUUGAGGGAAGCACCGUGGCCAUCUGCGCAAGCUGAAAUCCGCACCCUUAGUGCGUACAAGACUCCACGGGACAAGGUGCAGUGCAUUCUACGCAUGUGUUCCACCAUAAUGAACCUUCUGAGUCUAGCCAACGAAUACUCGGUCCCAGGAGCGGACGAUUUUGUACCUGUGCUGGUAUUUGUCCUUAUAAAGGCCAAUCCACCUUGCCUCCUUUCCACUGUGCAAUAUAUCAAUAACUUCUAUACCAAUCGGCUGACUGGCGAAGAAUCUUACUGGUGGAUGCAGUUCACAGCUGCUGUGGAAUUUAUUAAAACCAUUGAUGACCGGAAAUGAAAACUGCCAAAGCCAACUGGAGGAAAGAUCUAACCUCGGUCUUGAUGUCUGGUGCAUAAACUUGCUCCUUGUAUUAUAAUUGUACAGAUAUAACGAGUGAGGGUUUUUCUGCUGUAUGAGGGUCCUGUAGUGCAUUAGAUGAAUACACUUCAGGCCUCUCUGGCUAAGAAGACAUUAAAAGUUCUCUAAUAUU